CGCCCCGCCCCGCCCCUCUCCGAGCCGGACCCGCCGCCAUGAGCCGCCCGUGUGCGGAGCGCGGCCUGCGCGCGCUGCCGGUGCACAGCGAGCGGCUGUCGGGGCGCUGGGACCCGCCCGCCCUGCAGGGUGGGAAUGGCGUGAUUCUGGAGGGAGAGCUUCUUGAUGUCUCUCGUCACCUCAUCUUGGAUAUUAACGGCAGGAAGGAGCGAUACUACGUACUGUACAUCAGGCCCAGCCGGGUCCAUCGCCGCAAGUUUGAUGCCAAGGGGAAUGAGAGGGAGCCAAACUUCAGCGACACCAGGAAGGUGAACACCGGCUUCCUCAUGUCCUCCUUCAAAGUGGAAGCCAAAGGCGAUACAGACAGGCUGUCCCCCGAGGAGCUGAAGGGGCUGGUGAAUAAGCCGGAGCUGCUGAGCGUGACCGAGCGCCACACCCCUAGCCAGGCUGUGGCCUUCUGGCUGCUGGAGACGGAGCUGGAGAAGCUGGAGCUGGAGCUGGGAACAGAGAUCCGUCUGAAAACCCGGGGUGACAGCCCCUUCAUAUUCUCUCUAGCCAAGCUGCAUGCAGGGACAGUGACCAAGUGUAACUUUGUUGGCGAUGGACAGGCUGGGGCUUCCUGGACAGACAACAUCCUGGCUAACAGACCUCCAGGAGGCCCAGCCCCCGAGCCCAGGGGACGAGGGGACGGCGCAGAGGAGGAUGAAUGGGAUGACUGAGAGCUGAGGGACCUUCUCCGCUGAGGCAGCAGCCACUCUGUACAGUAACUUCUGUUCUUGCUUUUGACUCCAUGGCACCAGGGAGGGUGCAGAGCCUGGAUGGGGGGAUUCGCACCUCUGAGUUGUUCAGGAUGCAGUUUGCACUGGGCCAGCCCUGAGGAAGAGGUCUCCAAGAAUCCGUCUCUCCUCCCCACCUGCAUCCUGCUUUGGGUGGAGGCUGUGGCACAAGUGACCAAGCUUAUGCUUCCCUUUGAAAUGGAUGGAAUGCUCAGAGCAGGGCAGCUCGGGCUUUUCCUGGCUGCUGUGAGCCACCUGGGGCAGGGUGAAGGUUGGCACUGCCCCUCUGCUUAGUGCACCCUGCUCAGCCGCUGCCCCUGAGAAAUCCCACUCGGUACGUCUGGAUAAGGCCUGUCUGGCCCAGCCAGUCCAUCUCCCUUGGCCAUGGAGCCCUGCUCCUUAUGGGACACUAACCCGUGUGUGCUGCUGAUUGGAAAUGUCCCAAGCCGCAUGCACGAGCCAUACUCUAACAUCCUGCCUGUGUAUUUAUGAGCAGUGGUUUUUUUUAAUUAAUAAAUCUCUCAAAUCUA